AUGGCUAUCAAUCAAGGUGAAGAAACGAGUCCUAGCACGAGCAGAAACGACCAAUCCGUCAUCGAUACUAGUAAUCCCCUUUACAUUCACCCUUCUGAUAGUCCCGGAAUGACUCUAGUACCAAUUCCGUUUGACGGAAUUGGAUAUCGCUCAUGGAGAAGGAGCGUGUUGCGAGCUCUGUCAGUCAAGAAUAAAUUAGAUUUUAUAAAUGGGGAAUUUGUAAGACCUAGCUCCGAUUCACCUCAAUUCCGCCAAUGGGAGAGGUAUGACGACAUAGUAACCUCGUGGAUCCUCAAUUCCCUCGCUAAGGAGAUUUCUGAUAGUGUGGAAUAUGUAAGCAAAUCAGCUGAGUUGUGGAGGGAGUUAGAGGAUCGUUAUGACCAAACAAAUGGAGCGAAACUGUAUCAGAUUCAGAAAGAAAUCAACGAUCUUACACAGGGUUCCUUAGGCAUUACUGCAUACUAUACGCGUAUGAAGAGACUAUGGGAUGAACUGAGCACCUUGAGUGCUAAGUCUCAGUGCAGUUGCAAUUGCACAUGUGGAGCAAAAGAGACCAUGCACAAGGCAGAACAAGAUCGAAGACUUAUUCAGUUUCUGAUGGGAUUAAACGAAGUCUACACAAUAGUACGAGGGAGUAUCCUCAUGAUGAAGCCUUUGCCUUCUAUGGCUCAAGCCUUCUCUCUCUUGGUACAAAAAGAAAAACAAAGGGAAUUCAAGCCCAAUAGUCAGCAGAAUCUAGACUCUACUUCAUUGCAUGUGAAUGCAAAUCCACAGCAUCAAAGUUCAUUUGGAGCCAGAAACUUCAGGACAAAUUACACAACAAACAAUGGUAACAAAGGUCGACCAUUCUGUGAUUACUGUAAGAAAUCAGGACAUACAAAAGAAAAGUGCUAUAAGUUACAUGGAUACCCCCAAAGUAACUCUUACAAUAAUCAGAACUUCAAUCGUGCCAAUGCACGGUCAUAUAACCAGGGGAACAACCAGACUUAA